AUCCACAACCUUGAACGUCUCCCCUUUGGCCGAUGUCCGGUCAAUGAUUUUAGCAAACCAAAAUAAAAUUAUGGACUAUAUCCUACAAUCACAUUAUCGACUUUCCGAAAUCUUUAAAGAAAAUUAUUUGACUUUACUCUUGAGACUACAAUCCUUAUUUCUAAAUAUGAAUUCAAAACCACAAAAGAAAUGCGAUACUUCCAUUCAGAAAUCAGAUAAAAUUGUCUCAGUCAACAAAAAUAUUUUUCCCCAAAAACGAGAAUUCCCCUUCGACGUUAAAAAACUAUUGGAAGCGGUCUAUGAGAUGAAACCUUUUCCAAAUUUUGAUGAAAAGCAAGCAUUAGCUUUAAAAACAAACUUGUCUAAAAGGCAAAUUGAAAUUUGGUUUACAAAUAAAAGAGGUCGUACAAAAUGAUCUUUAUAAUACUUAUGCUAUAUAUCUAUUAUUAUAUACUCAUAACACUAUAUAGUGCAACAAUUGAAUUUGUAGCUUCCUGAAGGUAUCCGCUCAAUGCUUUGUUGCUGGGGGUCCGAAGAUGUGCUGGUCAAUCCCAUCAAUACUUAAUUUUGGUCCUUCUGCUAUUUUGUUUUGCUUUCAAUGAAAAUUUUGUGAUAAUUGGUUUGUUUAUUUUGUUUCUCUUUUUUUGUUUCGCACCCGUUUUAAUCAGCCUCGAUGAUCUUGCGCAUAAAUUCAAGUAGUGCUGUUGGCAAUCAUUACUUGAAUCAUACGUAGACCAACGACUCUGUUCUUCUUUUUUAUCUACAUAUCCGUUAUCAAAGUUGAAAGACCAUUCUUCAAAAAUAAGACUUUCCAAAAACGCAAGAUAGUGAAAGUAAGAUAAUACGGAAAUCAGAACACUAUCGGUC